ACGCCUCUUGUAAAUAAAGACACGAAUGUUCUGAUCCCCGGGAUUCCCGGACACAGCGCCGCUCUGUCGGUCGCGUCUCCGAAGUCGGAUGGGAAGCGGAAGCCGGAUGACAAGGAGGCCACCAUCGAGGAGCGGCUCGGCUCCAUGGAUAUCGACUUUCCCAAAGUGCAGAGUAAAGGGGGACUGCCGCAGACAGACAACUUCUCGGUGCUGCUUGUGCAGGGCUUGGAAAGCAACGACCCCCAUAUCUUAAAUAAAGUAUUUCAGACCAAAAACGAGUCCUUGAUAAAGAAGACGGUGUCGCGGAUACCGGUGUACGCCGUCCUACCGCUGGUACACGAGCUCACCAAAAGGUUACAAGGACAUCCUUCCAGUGCGAUAUUGAUGGUCCGCUGGAUGAAGUCGGUUCUCGUUAAUCACGUGUCCUAUCUUUCUUCGUUACCAGAUCUGGUCCCUCAGCUCGGGUCCCUCUAUCAGCUCAUGGAGACGCGGGUGAAGACUCUGAACAAAAUGUCCCGGCUGAAUGGAAAGCUUUAUCUUCUCAUCACGCAGGUGGCCGCAUCUGAGAUCUCACAGAGGAUACAUGCCAACCAGGAGGCCCAAGUCGUGUAUGAGGAAGAGUCUUCAGAUGAGGAAUCUGGAGAGGAGCAGAAUACGGACUCUGAUGAUAAUUGGGAGGAGGAAGAAGAGGAUGAUGAAGAAUCUGAGACCUCGGGAGAUUCGGAGGGGGAGGAGGAGGACAUGAAUGUGGACAAAGUAAAUGGUGAUUCUGAUGGAGAUCCGGGGAAUGAAAGUGAAGAAGAAUAGCGCUUUCCCUGUAGAAGGGACGAUCGUUCUCUAGUGCCCAGACUGGCCGGCCCGUCGCUGUGCUGCAGACUCUCGGCAGCUGUGCUGGAAGAUUGGCGACGUCGGCAAGAUUGGGAAACAGACCAACCUACAGAAUGUUUGACCACAUCUGCCUUUUCACUGAGAAUCCCAUCCGCCCUCCCGGCUCCGAACCUCAACAACUGGUCCAGACCAUCCCCCGAUGUCUCAUCCAUAACCUUCGGUUCAUUUCCGUGUACAUGUCUGCUGUCAUUUCUACUUUUGUUUGUUUUUGUUUUUUGUCCCCUACCACGUGACAACACCCCCCCCGAAUCGCGUUCUUGGUUUCAUUUUGGUUAGUUGGCGGUUUAUUGGUAGCAAACCAAUUUUGCGGGAAAUGGCGAAAUUUCUCAGACAUUUCAUUAUUGUUCCUCGGCCUCAUAGAAAGGAACCGAACAAAACUUAUUUUCAAGCGGCCCAAAACCAUGAAUUUAUCUUUUAUUUUUCGGUCUCGGAUGUUUAAGCCAAUCGUGCGUGGAAUUCAGUCGCUGUCCGAUCGCCACUCGUCCAUUCUCCAACUAUUUAAUUUUUACUGAUUUUUACAUAUAAAUCUGUCAUUGGCUUUUUUUUUUUUUUGUGCAUUUAUUUUUAAAAAUGAGAGUAAACAGACUUCGGUUUUUGGUUUGUUUUAAAUGAAUCCUGUACAUUUCUGAAAAUGGCCAUUGAUACUUUCGGUGUAAAAUAAACCUUUAAAAAAAAAUAUAUAAAAAUUUUCCUCCCUUAAUGCAAAUUUUUUUUUUUCUUCAGCAAUUCUGGUUUCAUUUUUUUGUUUUUUGAAGGCUGAAUUUUGUGUUUUUAUUUUUAAGAGGCAACUGCAGUUGUUUGUAUAACCUCCCAGGAUAUAAUGUACAGUAUAUUUGUCUAUAAAGCUGUUAAUGGCCUCGUUAAUAAUGCCACCUUUGUAAAGUGAAUAAAAAAAAUCUACUUCUCCUUU